CUCUCCCGGUGCUCCGACACGGUGAGGUAACGGGACUGGGCUGCCUCACACACACACACACACACGCACACGCACACACACACACACACACACACACACACACACACACACACACACCUGUUGCCGGUGACGCAGAGAGGAUGAACGGAGCUGCCGUGACGGUGCUGCUGCUGCUGCUCGGCGGCCGUGCUGCCUUCACUGCUGCCCGGUCCCUGAACGCACCGCAGGACGGAGGAGCUCCGGACGGUACCGAGAGUCUGACAUCAACCGUGACAGGUGUGGACAGAUGGCGGCGCCCCCUGCUGGAGAAAACUCGUCCCUUCGUCCUGGUGGACGGACAGAGGAGGAGCCUCGCUGCAGCUCUCCAGGACGGUCACCCUGACAGGCUGCAGUGUGGACUGGAGGUGGGAGGACGUCUCUUCCUGCUGGACCUGGAGAAGAAUCACGACCUGCUGCCCAAACCGCCCAACGUCUUCUACUACCUGCCCAACGGCACCGGAGUGUCUGUGAGAGCCGACCCUGUGACUCACUGUUAUUACCAUGGCAGCAUCCGAGGAUUCCCGCAGUCCAGAGUGGCUCUGAGCACCUGCUCCGGACUCCGCGGCAUCAUCGCCUUCAACUCCACCCUGAGCUUUGAGCUGCAGCCUCAGGAGGACGACCACCACCAUCAGGGGCAGGAGGAGGAGCGAGGAGGAGGGGAGAGCGGAGGAGACGGGAGCGGAGGGAGCGGAGGAGGAGGAGGAGGAGGAGGAGGAGAUGAAGAAGGAGUCCACCUGCUGUACUCCACCAGCCCUCUGGAGGGCGACAGUGCAGGAGGCUGCGGAGUCUCACACACCGCUGUGCCGCCCAUCCACAGCUCCACACACACACACAGGGGGAAGAGAGACAUCCUGUCUGAGACCAAAUACAUCGAGCUGGUGCUGGUGGCCGACCACCAGGAGUUUCUAAACUACCAGAAGAACAACAAGACCAUCAUCUACCGCAUGCUGGACGUGGCCAACCAGGUGGACUGGUUCUACCGUCCUCUGAACGUCCGGGUCGCUCUGACCGGUCUGGAGAUCUGGAGCGACCGCGACAAGAUCCGCGUGGAGAAGAGUCCCACCGACACCCUCAACAACUUCCUGGAGUGGAGGACCAGAGAGCUGCUGCCGCGCCUUCGCCAUGACAACGCCCAGCUCGUCAUGGGCGGCUCUUUUGACGGCACCACGGUGGGGAUGGCGUCUCAGUCGUCCAUGUGUUCCAGAGACCGGUCGGGUGGAGUCAACGUGGAUCACCUGGUCAGUGUGCUGGGCGUGGCCUCUACUGUUGCUCAUGAGCUCGGUCACAACCUCGGGAUGAGUCAUGACACCGCCGAGCGUCACUGCGCCUGUCAGAACGAGCGGCGGCUCGGAGGAUGCAUCAUGGAGCCCUCGACUGGAUUCAUGCCGGGUCAGCAGUUCAGCAGCUGCAGCGCUGCGGAUCUGUCCGUCAGCCUGCUGCACGGCGGCGGCAUGUGUCUGUUCAAUAUCCCGCAGCCGGAGCGCCUGCUGGGAGGACCUCGCUGUGGAAACCUGUACGUGGAGAAAGGAGAGGAGUGUGACUGCGGCCUGCUGGAGGAGUGUGAGGACCCCUGCUGCAACGCCUCCACCUGUCGUCUGGUUCCUGGAGCUCAGUGUUCGUCUGACGGCAUCUGCUGCCAAGACUGCAAGCUGCGGACGGCGGGUUCGGUGUGUCGCGAGCCGCUCGGAGAGUGCGACCUUCCCGAGUUCUGCACAGGCUCCUCCCCUUACUGCCCCCCCAACGUCUUCCUGCAGAACGGGGAGCCGUGCGAGGACGACGCCUCCUACUGCUACGAAGGAGUCUGCGCCAGCAUGCACACCCAGUGCCAGAUGCUGUGGGGACCCAAUGCCACCAGCGCUCCACCUGUUUGUUUCUCAUCAGUCAACAAACAGGGAAACAAAUAUGGAAACUGUGGUCAGCUGACCAACGGCUCCUACAUCCCCUGUGGAAACGCUGACGUCCACUGCGGCAGGAUCCAGUGUCAGGGAGGGAGGGAGCGCCCCCUGCUGGGCACCAACGCAGAGAUCCUCACCACCACGGUGCGCUUCAACCACAGCGACCUGGUCUGCAGAGGAACCUUCUUCCACCUGGGAGACGACGUGUCGGACCCCGCCACCGUGGCCCAGGGCACCGCCUGCAGCCCCGGCAAGGCGUGUUUGAACCAGAAGUGUCAGGAUGUGUCGGUGUUCGGGGUGGACGAAUGUCGCAGCAAGUGUAACGGUCACGGGGUGUGUAACAGUAAUCAGAACUGUCACUGUGAGGUGGGCUGGGCUCCUCCUGACUGCAGGUACUCUGGUCAUGGAGGCAGCGUGGACAGCGGACCGGCCCGAGCGACCGGAGAGUCUGAUCCGGUCCGUGUGGCUCUGCUCGUCAUCUUCCUCUUCAUCCUGCCUGUGGUGCUCCUCUUCCUCAUUCUGCGCUUCCCUCGGCUCCGUCGGUGUAUCCUGUGUGUGGGACCCGACAGCCCGCUGCAUAAAGCUCGACAACACAACCGGACGCCGGUGACGGAGCGAGUGGACGGCAGGAAUGGAGAGCAGGUCCGACCGCUGAGGUACCACCUGAACCCACCGACCGACAUCCCACUGACCCCGCAACAAAAAGAGGUUCAUGACAGACCUGCUCCUCCCACUAAGCCACUCCCCCCUGACCCCGCCUUAAAACCCCCGCCGCAGCUGCUGGUGAGUCGACCAGCUCCGCCAAACAAGCCCCUCCCCCCUGACCCCGUCACACCUGGACAGAUCCCUGUUCCACUCAAACCUGUGGUGCCCAUAAAGCCCCGCCUCCUGGCCCCGCUGUCCCACCCCCCGAUCCCCCUUCACCCGGGCUACCCCGCCAGCACCAAACCGCCGCAGCACGGAGCCGUCGCACCUGCAGCUGCUCCCAACAGACGACCUCCUGCUCCUCCGAUUCGUCCCACAAACCCUCAGAAGAUCGCCACCUCGCCGCUCUAACGGCCCGAGCGUGCAGAGAGACGCUUUGAUGAAACUUCGCUCUGUUCUGUCUGUCAAAGAUGAAGAUGAUGAAGAUGAAGAUGACUUUUCUUUCCAGUUUGCACUCAGUCGUCGGAUUUCUCUCUUAAUCCUUCAUGAACUCACAGAAACUGUAGAUAAAUGUUAACGUGCCUUGCUCAGCAGCUCCUCGGCAGUGACCGUGCGGACACGCGGGAAUCGAACCUGUGACCGCCGGCUGCUGGAGAUGAUGUCACAUUAAAGUGUCUUUGAGUCGCUCAUACGGGGCCCCUGCAGGGGUCAGUGCCUUGCUGGAGGACCGUGAGACGGGGAUCAAACCUGUGAUCAAAGUAAAGACUGAAAAGCAGAGUGGGUCCCAAACCGUGGUCCGGGACCCUCUGCAGGACCCGAGGAGGUUCAGGAGGAAUAUUUUUCCUUUUUGUUUUUUGUUUUUUAGUAAAACUGAAUGUAGAAGGUUUAUCUUCGCUCGGCAGGACGGACGGACGGACGAUUUACCGCUUAGAUGGAAAAAGCGUUUUCAUCCUGGAGUAAUAAUCUUUUAACCCUCGAAUGAACUCAACAAGUAUCAGAUCGGACUAAACGUUCAUCAGACGGUGUAAAAUCACCCGCCCAUCCUUCACCAACAGAUUUUUGGUGACUCAAUCAAAAUAAUCCUAAAAACUUUAUAACAUUAAAGGGUAGCGUCUGUAUUUCAGCCCGAACGCUGAUUUCUUAUGUGUUUGUGUCUAAGUGAGUCGUGGAGGAGAGUUUUUCAAAGGGGUCCACUGUGGACGAGAGUUUGUGUUUGUCACUGACGAGCUCAGAUUAUUAUUCAGAUUAUUAUUCUAAGUGGUAACAUUUCGGGAAAUAUCCCGACAGAGAUAGACCUUUGUGUUAAAGAUUAAUAUCAUUUUAUUUAACAAGAACCAGCCGAGAAAUCACCAUCGCCGAACCCACCAGACUCCAUUUAAAUAAAGAGUGAAACACACUUUAAUCAAAGUGGACAGAACCAAGAUAAAACUCAGAGAGACAUCCUCCGUCCAUCUUUCCACUUUUCCAACAAUCACCAGCUCUAGUUUGGUUUACAUUAACCCUUAAUUCACCCAGUUAGGUGGCUUUCUGUUUGCUAAAAUGACUGUUUUUUUGAAUGGAGUCUGGUGCGUUUGGCGAUUGUGAUCAUGGGGCGUUUCGGUUAAACAAAAAAGAUAACGCUGUAUUUUUUAAUAAAAGGUCUGUCUCUGUCGGGAUCCGUUUUAUAAUGUUGUCAGACAGUUACAAUAAUAAUCUGAGCCGUCAGUGGCAGAAACACCUUAAGGGACGAACAUCGAUGUUGCGCUUUAGGCCUCAGGGAUUACGUUUGUCUCUAUUCGUCACUUCGACACAGAAAAGUAGCGGAAUAAGGUCCAGGUCGCUGAAGUUACCUUUUAAAAGCCUUGAAAUCCUGAAGGAGUGCAGAGGAGCCAUGGUGAGGUUUACACUGUGAGAGGGAAAAAUCUGAGAUUUAGAAAACAAAGUUGAAAUGUUUUGACGAAAAAAAGUUCUAAUUUUUUGAAAAAUUGAAUAUUUUGAGAUAAAAAAUUCAAGAAUAAAGUAGUAUUUUCAGAUUAAAGUCAUCGUAUGUGAAGUCGCACUAUUAUGUGAAGGGUGCUUUGAUAACUUUAUCCUCUAAAUAUUACGACCUUUUUCUUCUUAUAUUCCAACUUUAUUUUCUGCACCACUUUAUUCUUGAAAUUUUAGGACUUUUUCUCAAAACAUUUGGACUUUUUGCUGGUAAACUUUUUUCAGAAAACAUUGUCUGUGUAUUAACUCAGAUUUUGCUCCCUGACUUUCUUGAAUCUUCCUCGCUGACUGCUGAGAUGAAUCUGCAGGAUUUGCUGGUGACGAGUUUCUUGUUGGACUGCAGACUUUGUGGAUUUGGCUCAGAGUGAACUGUAAGCCUUACUGGGGAACUGGUUCUAUCCCAGUUCACUCGGUCUGUUUCUGCUGGAUUUAUUUUUCUAACCCGCCUUGCGAUUUCUAUCAGAGACCGUCAGGAAUGUUUGUAACGUUACGCCAAAGACGAGCUGGAUAUAAAAGACGCUGUAAGAGUCUGUGAUUUUAUGUUGAAGGAAAAUCUUUUAAUUUUUACCUGCUGAAGUUGUUCAUCAGUGUUUAAUGAUACUUCCAGUACCUUUGAAUAUUGAAACAACAUUUCUACAAAACCAUUUAAUUCAUUAAACAAAAGAUGACGUUCUCAAAUGUACAGAAAAAUAGUCUAAAAUAAAUCUGGAGCUAUCCGAUUAGACAACAAUUGGACAAGAUCACAGAUCCGACCAAAUAUUUAAUGUAAGCUUUUUGAUAUUUGUUGCUCUGGAAAUCAGUUUCAGUUUUUAUCCACAGUUGGGUGAGAAGAAAAGAAUUCAAACAAAAUCGUUUUUCGUGAAAGCAGAGUUUGACCUCUGCUUAUGAUUCAAAGUAUUAAUCAAAUAAAAUAGA